AAAUAGGCCAAAAGUUGUGUAACAAGGACUGGUUUAUUUGAUUAUAUAAAAAGAAAAGGCUCACAAGACACAAGUCCACAGAGAAACACAAUCACAUCGGUAUAUUCUAGUUGUUCUUCUCAGAAUCUCAAAAGGGUUUAUUGAAAAAGACACCAUCUUCAAGCCAUGAGCACAAAGCAAGGAGCUUCAACAAAGAUUCAGAGCAAGAAUUCCACUAACAUGUCUCAGCUCAGAGCUUCCUCUAAAGCAAAGGAGUCUCAAACUCCAACUCAAAGACCCUCCAGAGCAAAAUCAGUGACUCCAGAUGUGACUAAUAGCAGUGAUUCCAGGAGUAUUAGGAGGGCUGUUCUGCAAAACAAGCCUAAAUCUGGAGAAUUGGUGUUGGGAUCUCAGAAAAGUAAGGAACUUGAGGAGUUUAAAGUUGUGGGUAGUAGUAGGAAGCCCCAAGUUGUGGAGCAAUUUGCUAAGCCCAGAAGGCAGAGGCCUGUUGUGGAGGCCAAUUGUAAGAGAAAUGAGGAUGACCCACAUCAGAAAGUGAAGGACUUGCAGGAAAAAAUUGAAGUGAGUGAGAGUUUGAUCAUGAAUUUGCAGGCUGAGGUUUUGGGAUUGAAGGCAGAGUUGGGUAAGGAACAGGGGAUGAACCUGGAGCUGCAGUCACAGAAUAAAAAGCUUAGUGAGAAUCUUGCUGCUGCUGAAGCAAAGAUUGCAGCUUUAACGACUCCUCAACAGAGGGAGUCAAAUGGCUACCAGAGUCCUAAAUUCAAAGAUCUUCAGAAACUCAUUGCCAACAAAUUAGAAAGCUCAGUAGUAAAGAAAGAGGCAGUGAAUGAAUCAAGUCCUAUUAAAGUAGCAUCACCUCCACCGCCACCACCACCUGUAAUUCCUAGAGUUGCAGCCACCUUUCCACCGCCUCCACCUCCUCCACCACCAUCACUCCGGCCACCACCACCACCUCCACCUCAGCCCUCAGCGAGGGUGUCAAUCACUCAGAAGGCUUCAGAGCUUGUACAGUUUUAUCACUCCUUGAGGAAGCAAGAGGUGAAGAGGGACUCUCCAGAAUCUAGAAACCAUCAUAAACCAGGGGCUAUUAGUGCACAUAAUAGCAUAGUUGGCGAAAUUCAAAAUCGAUCAGCACAUCUGAUAGCUAUAAAAGCAGAUGUUGAAUCAAAAGGAGAGUUCAUCAAUGGCCUUAUCCAGAGGGUUCUGGCUGCUGCCUAUACAGAUAUUGAGGAUGUUCUAAAAUUUGUGCAUUGGCUCGAUGGAGAACUUGCAUCGUUGGCUGAUGAACGUGCUGUAUUAAAGCACUUUAAUUGGCCAGAGAGGAAAGCUGAUGCCAUGCGAGAAGCUGCAAUAGAAUAUCGUGACCUUAAACAGUUGGAAAGUGAAAUUUCUUCGUAUAAGGAUGACACCACCAUUCAAUGUGCAGCUGCCUUGAAGAAGAUGGCUGGCUUAUUAGACAAGUCGGAGCAAAGCAUUCAAAGGUUAGUCAAGUUGAGAAAUUCAGUUAUGUGUUCUUAUCAGGAAUGCAAAAUUCCAACUGACUGGAUGCUUGAUUCAGGGAUUGUGAGUAAGAUAAAGCUGGCUUCCAUGAAUUUGGCUAAAAUUUACAUGAAGAGAGUUACAUUGGAGCUUGAAUCCAUUCGAUAUUCAGAUAGAGAAUCAAGUCAAGAAUCUCUUCUGGUUCAAGGCGUGAAUUUUGCAUACAGGGCACACCAGUUUGCUGGAGGUCUCGACUCUGAAACAUUAUGCGCUUUCGAAGAGAUAAGACAACGAGUACCAAGACAUUUAGGAGGUUCGCAAGAGCUAUUGGCAGGCAUAGCAUCAUCCUAACAGGCUACAAUCAGAGACUUCUUGCUGCCAGUUAUAGGCACUUAAAGAAAAUUAACUGCAUGCAUCUAAUAUUCUAAUACUUUCAGUGCAUUUCUCACGUUUGCAAAAGCCUCAGCUCCCAACUGGAUGCAAAGCUCGCAGAAUCUCGCUGCAAAACUAUAUCAGUUUUGCGAACGAAUUAAGUGGCUCCUUCACCAUGCCACCAAUCAAAGCUCCUGCUGUCAACUAACAGCUGCUGUCAACUAAUUAUACUCAAGAGUAAACCGAUGUUCGCAUUGUAUUUAAUUUUCUUCUGUAAUAAGACUGUACACUGAUUGUGCUAGCUCAACUAGUUCAACGGCGCAUUGAAUAAAAUCCCGGCUCAACUACCUUGGUUCA